AUGUUAUUUGCUUGUUGUGUGGAGAGAAGAGAGAGAGAGAGCUUUUUAGAUGCAGAGGAGGAGCGAGAGACAGAGUCGUCUUCAAAUCGGCUUGCUCUCUCUGCUCUUCUUCCGUCCUUGUGUGGGGUAGAGAGAGAGAGAGAAACUAGAGAGAGAGAGAGAUGUCAGACCUAGACAGGCAAAUAGAGCAGCUGAAGAAGUGCGAGCCCUUGAAGGAGUCCGAAGUCAAGGCUCUUUGCCUCAAAGCCAUGGAAAUCCUCGUCGAAGAGAGCAAUGUUCAGAGAGUCGACGCACCUGUCACCAUUUGCGGCGAUAUCCAUGGGCAGUUUUAUGACAUGAAGGAACUUUUCAAAGUAGGAGGUGAUUGCCCAAAGACUAAUUACUUGUUCCUUGGAGAUUUUGUUGACAGAGGAUUUUACUCUGUUGAGACAUUUCUGCUUCUACUAGCUCUGAAGGUCAGAUAUCCAGAUCGGAUAACUCUCAUAAGGGGAAACCAUGAGAGCCGCCAGAUCACACAGGUAUAUGGAUUCUAUGAUGAGUGCCUACGGAAGUAUGGCUCAGUGAACGUGUGGAGAUAUUGCACUGAUAUAUUUGAUUACUUGAGUCUGUCUGCCCUCAUUGAGAACAAAAUAUUUUGUGUUCAUGGUGGUCUUUCUCCUUCCAUUUCCACAUUGGACCAGAUUCGAACAAUUGAUCGGAAGCAAGAAGUACCUCAUGAUGGUGCCAUGUGUGACCUCUUAUGGUCAGAUCCAGAAGAUGUAGUCGAGAGUUGGGGCUUGAGUCCCCGUGGCGCUGGUUUCUUAUUUGGUGGCAGUGUUGUCACGACAUUUAACCACGCAAAUAACAUUGACUAUAUAUGUCGUGCUCAUCAGUUGGUAAUGGAAGGCUAUAAAUGGAUGUUCAACAGCCAGAUUGUUACUGUCUGGUCAGCUCCAAAUUAUUGUUACAGAUGUGGUAACGUAGCUGCAAUUCUUGAGCUGGAUGAAAAUCUUGACAAGCAGUUUCGCGUGUUUGAUGCAGCGCCACAGGAAUCAAGAGGGGCUCCUGCUAAAAAACCUGCACCGGAUUACUUUCUAUGAAAUUAGUUUGUGGAGCUUUUGCCUCUUUUUUUCCAUCCGAUAUAUGCUUGAAUUGGUCAACAACACGAGUGUACAAUUGCGUAGUGAAGAUAAUGUCAUGUUAUACAGAGGAAUUGAUAGAUAGACUUUUCAAUGGUUGACAUUUGAGAUAUGGCCAGCGGGAAGGUCUGCUGGAUUUUCUUGAUGAGUUUCAGUUGAUGGGGAUUGCCUUUGUCACAUGACUUCAUUUUCAUGGUUUGAUAUUGUAUUACUUGUAAUAUUAGUGUGUAUUACGUAGCUUCUUGUGUGCCGAUUAAUCAUUGAGAUAUAUAGACAAGAAUACAUGUAAGAGGAAGCUUUUGGUCCCAUCUGUGGGAGUAGAAGUGCCAGAAUUUGAUACCGGAUAUUCAACCACUGAGAAGACUCUCUGUGAAUACUCCAUAUAUUUUGGAUUAUUGUUGAGCGAGUCUUUUUUGUUAUUCAAGUUUCUUAAUGAAGGUUGGUUAUCAAACUGAA